GUUUUGACUGAAAAUGCCGUCGGUUUCGAAAACGGCGGCCAAUGCGUCUCCUCAAACCGAGAAACCUACCCACUAUACAUACUUAAAGGAGUUCAGGACAGAGCAGUGCCCGUUGUUCCUCCAGCACAAGUGUACGCAGCACAGACCGUUUACGUGCUUUCAUUGGCACUUUCUCAACCAGCGGAGAAGACGUCCCAUCAGAAGAAGAGACGGCACUUUUAACUACAGCCCCGACGUGUACUGCACCAAAUACGACGAGACUACAGGCAUCUGUCCAGAUGGAGACGACUGUCCUUAUUUACACCGGACCACUGGCGACACGGAGCGCAAGUACCAUCUACGCUAUUACAAGACGGGCACUUGUAUCCAUGAGACGGACGCUCGGGGGCAUUGUGUGAAGAAUGGACUCCACUGUGCUUUCGCUCACGGGCCACAUGAUCUCCGACCUCCGGUCUAUGAUAUCAGAGAGAUUCAAGCACAAGAAGCCCUUCAGAAUGGACAGCUGGGAUCUGGGGAAGGUAUUCCUGAUCUGCAGCCGGGCGUGUUAGCCAGCCAAGCUAUGAUUGAGAAAACUCUGACAGAAGACCCCCGGUGGCAAGAUUCCAACUUUGUUUUAGCCAACUACAAAACAGACCAGUGUACUAAGCCCCCAAGACUAUGCAGACAGGGCUACGCCUGCCCCCACUACCACAACAGUAGAGACCGAAGACGAAAUCCCAGGAAGUUCAAAUAUCGGUCUACUCCGUGCCCUAAUGUGAAACAUGGGGAUGAAUGGGGCGAACCCUCAAAGUGUGACAGCGGAGACAGUUGCCAGUAUUGUCACUCUCGCACUGAACAGCAGUUUCACCCAGAGAUCUACAAAUCUACCAAAUGCAAUGAUAUGCGACAGACUGGGUACUGUCCCAGAGGACCGUUCUGUGCAUUUGCACAUGUAGAAAGGAUUCCCUCUACAGAAGAGACCAUGAGCUCAUUGCUGACCGUGAUGCAGUCCAGUUCCCAGUCCCAGCUGGGCUCCCAGCAGUAUUCAGAGUGUCCCGUCAGUGAGUGGAACAGUGGAGGCAACUCCGCAGCCAGUAGCAAUGGACAAGUAGGAAGUGUUUCAUGUUCUAAUAGCUCAACUGUAACUCCAAGCUCAGGAAGCGACAGUUUGUUAUCCCCAGUGGGAUCCAUCAGCAGGCCCAAAUCCUUAACUAAUACUAGUUUAUGUUCAGAGUCCAGCACAUCCAGCGUCUCCUCUCUGACGUCUAACUAUCCUAGAGCUCCGGGCUUUGAACGAGAGUAUCGGAUUAAGAACAAGGGACAGAUGGAUCACAAGUUAAUGGACCAAGAAAAACAGAAACAAAAUACUGUAUUCUCUGCGGUGAACCCUUUGGCAUCAAGUUUUACCUCCAGCAUAACAUCCAGCUUGGCCUCUAGUAUUGGCUCAGAUAGUUCUUCACCCACCACCUUAUCAACCAUGAAUGCAAAAGCCACUCCUUUCUAUCCGGGGAGCAACACAGUGGAGUCCGUCAUAGGAUCCGCUUUGGACCUCAACUUCAGUGACAUUAAUGUUGCAUCUCUUGAUAAGGAGUUAGAGGAGCAAGACAACAGCGUGGGACUGGCAAAUCAAAGGGUGCUCGUUGGCUCCGCCCCCGUCAACAUUCCUGGCUCCCUGGCUCGAUCGUCCUCGUUUAAUUCCUCGUCGUCGCUCUCCACCUCCCCGCUGAGCUCCCUCUCCCAGUCUCUGUCGCAGUCCCUGCUGUCUGCCACGUUAUCGCAGCAGAAUCAACCUUCGAACAUGUUAGCCAAGCUAGAGCAUGGCCUUCUGGGAACCCCCACCUCCUCUUCCCAGAAUUCUUUGGGCUUGAAUGGAGGGGCGAGCAGCAUUUGGGACUUUGUGAGUGGCAGCUUUUCACCGAGUCCAUCUCCAGUUUUCAGCAGCCUAACCUCCGGAACCAGCAGUGCGGAUCUAGCCCGCCUCUUCAGAGACCUGGACGAGGCCAAGAGGAAGAUCAAACAAUGGGAGGAGGCCUGGCAUCAGGUCAAACAAGCCUGUGAAGCUUGCCAGAAAGACGCUCGCGAAGCAAAGGAACAAGCGAAAACGUCCGAGGCCGAGCGGCAGCUGGCAGAACAGAAACGGGAGGAAACGGAGCGCAAGCUGAAAGAGCUCCAAGGGGACUUUGAUGUGCUUUGUCGCACCCCUGGAACACCCCUUCUUCGUAGCUAUAGAGAGCUGGACAAGCUCCCCCUGUCAAAGCUUCACUCCAUCCAGAGUCAGCUGCGUAAUGACCUAGACCUUAUAGACGGGGUAAUAUAUCAGCUUCAGUCAAAGAAAUGUAUAGUUUGCCAAAAGCAUGAUCGCUGCAUUGUUCUGCAGCCUUGCCAACAUUAUGUACUAUGUGAGAACUGUGCACCGAGUAAAACCGAGUGUCCCUAUUGCAGAGCAAAGAUAAUGAAGUGGUGAUGUACAAUUACUCGAGGUACUAUUUAAAGAUUUAGCCCUUUGAAAAACUACUAAUAGAUAUUCCAUUUUCUAAAUAGCAAUGUCUGUUUCGUACAGUGAUUGAAUUGAUUUAGAACACGAUGGUGUUUGACUGAGAAAGCAAGUAGUAUUAUGAAUCAGACUGUGUACAGGGGGUUUAAUCAUUAUAGUUUUUGCUCAUUUUAUGCGCACAUUAACAUCGCUCAACCCGAUAGCUUUCUGAAUGGAAAGCCACGCACUCAAAUUAGAAUAUUAAAUGAACUCGCUGUGCCCUUUCCUCCAAUCAUCAGUCUCUCUAGAGGACGUGUGUCUUGUGUCCAGAGAUCUAUAUUUUGUAUAUUUGUCAGCAGUAUGUUUUGGCUGAUAUGCAUUGCCAACCGGAUAUAUUGCUCUUACAGUAAAUAGAAAAGUACAGUUUAAAAAUAAAAUUGCAAACGGGAUUGAUAAACAUACUCGGAGACAUUGAGUGUAAGUUUGUAUUUCUUCUCUCGUGUUAAUGGACUGAGGAAAUGUGUAUUUAAAAAAAGAUUUUAAUAGAUCUGUUACAUCAGAUUAUUGUAUUUGAAGAAAGAGAACUUACUCACUGUAACUUUAAUAUUCUAUCUCUAGUUUUAAAAUUAGGUAUAAAACAACUCCUGUGUCUUUCUCAUACUGUAAGUCUUACGGUCAUUUUUCACUUUCAGAUGCAAAGAAUCAACAUACUGCCAGGAAAUGUAGAGUUCACUCACUCAACAGCUCCACUGGUGUUAAACAUAAAAUGGGCAAAAGUCAAAGCAGAUUUUUCGUUCGUUUAAAGAGGAAUACAAUAAAUCAAAGAAUUCACUCGGGAGCUUUGGGGAGCAAAUCCAGAAACUAGAUAUCCAAGAACCUGAAUGUGACUGAUGCUUAAUUAGGAAGUCAUAUUUUAGUUCUGACCUCAUCGGUCUGAAAUUCCAGAAAAGAAAUGUGUGCGCUCAUACCAUUUACAGAGCGUGUGGAACGGGUCGCUUUGUGCUAGAACACUUGGAAGCUCCAUGCUCUGAGGAAUUAAUACUUAAUACACACUUGCAUUCACAACUAUGAGGACUAAUUGAUGAAAAAACGAAAUCUUUGGCCAGAGUAUUGUCCAACUCUAGAGACUGAAUAUGCAGAUUUGUAAAAUGUUUCACAUCCAACAAGGUGUCUGUCAUCACAUUAACCAAGGAAACGACAACACACACGACCCGUCUUUGUGUUCCUCUUUAAAUAAAGCCAUGUUUUCAUAAACAUCUUUUUAAAUGCAGCCAGUCAAGCAUCAUUAAGUUUGAUUUGUUAUGGAAGCACUUUGUUGACCUGGGACUUUAUUAAAGGGUAUAUAGACAUUUGCUUUAAGCUGCUUUGUAGGUAUUCUUUUGAGUUUCUUUUGUAGAUUUAUAUUUUCUAUAUAAGCUAAUGUCUGAAGCUUUUGUGUGUACUGUGAAACAUCAUUUGGAUAUUUCAUGUUUGUAAAUCAUAGCAUGGUUCUAGAUAUUCAGAUUUCAUAGAAAAGUACGUAAUGGUUUCUACUUUCAUAGCUAGAUUUAUAAAACUUCAAUCAAAUAAGUGCAAAUUUAAAAUGUAUUUUAGGCAUAACCAGCAGCUGUAAUACCAGUAAGGCACAUGCUACAUGUUAAGGCUGUAAUUCAAUCAGUUGGGUUGUUUUGUAGAGAUCUAUAGAGCUUAGCCUAUUAGAAGAGCAUGUAUUGUAUUUGCUAAAAGCCUGAGGUGGUGAUUUUUGUAGGAAUCUAGUCUCUUGACCGUGUCUAGAACAUAUCGGCCUCUAACUCUAAAGUGCCUUGCCUUAGUUAAAAAGGUCAUGUGUUGAGUUUUCAGAGCGAACCACAAGUAGUCGAAGCUUGUGCACAGCGUGUCUGGUUUGACUUUGCAGAAACGGUGACAUGUGUAUGACUAGAUACAUGUAUGUCUAAAUAUAUGCCGGAGUAUUUGGCCCAAUCUGAUGAAGUUUUUCUGCAGAAGAUAACUGAAAACGAAAGCUCGUCAGCGCCCGUGUCCUCCCCUCCAACGACCCGCCCGCUCACUCCGUGGUCGUGGUGCUCUUUCGGUGCAGCUUCAGUCUUUGAAAUUAGGUUUUUACAAUUCAAUGUUUGGGAGUAUGCAAACAGGACAGAUUGUAUAUUAACAUAUACAAAUGCUUUUUAGACCGUUUUAGUCACUUUCAUUUGUUUGUGUAAUGAUUCUGCAGUGAAUGAAGAAGUCCGGAGUUGACUUGUAGAUUGGACAGGACUUGUGCUUGGCUUCCUCUAAUUGAAAUGACCUUCUACUGUGUUAAAAAGAACUUUGUAUUCCUUCAAUUCAAUAGAACAUCAUGUAUCUCCAGGUACACUUUUUGCUACUUCUAAAUAUGGGAAAAUGCAUUGUUUACAUUCAUAUAAAUGACAAUGAAGCAACUCAGAGGACAAUAAUCCAGAACGGUUAUGGUAUUUCAGCAUUUAUAUGAUUUGUGACUUGAUUAUAUUGCAGCACAAAAGGCAGGCUUAGCCUACUUCUGGUAUUGCAUGUUAUGCGAUAUAUUAACCAGCUUCAAAAAACAACAGAAAAAAGGAGGAAAACGUUUGCACUGUGUCACACUGCCAGGAUAUUUGUGUAGACUUAUUAUUAGUGUAGUAAAGGCUUAAUAACUUCUGCGAGCUUCGCUGCUGCUGGAAAAGAUAUUAAUGUAGCUUCUUGUUAUACAUUUAGAUGUUUGAAUGUUGUGCAUCCACAGCUCAGAUUUCCAAAACUAUGAAAUAUUCUCUUCUGCAUCGACUUUAACUAAAUUGUACUUGAUCGAAGUAUUGAUUUGUAAAUCUGAGUCAAAGGUUCAGUACUUUUGUAUAUCGCUGAGGAUGAUGUCACAGACCUUUUUAACAUUGAGCGAAGGUGAACGUACAUUUGUUGGGUUUCUGUCCCCCGGUGUACGCUAGAGCUAGUUUCACUCUGUACUCUGGUUGAUGUGAAGCCAACCUAACUAAUGAUGUCUAGCGAGGGAAUCUAAAAAACAACCAAAGUGGUGUUCUGAGGAGAAGAUUUACCCGUGAACAGAAUUCAAAUAUUUCCUCCGGUAUGAUUGGACAGAUCAGCCUGUAGUUGUGAACAGCGCUGGUCUGAUCCACAGUUUAAACGGCAGAGCACCAAGGCCAUCCGGAUGAAACUGAGACAGCAUAGUGAGGGGCAGGAAUUCUGUUUUUGGACGGAUUUUUUGCUUCAAUAUUCUAUUCAGUAAGACAUAUUUCCUCGUAUUGAGUAAACAACAGGACUAUGCCAAUGGCUUUUGCUUACAUUAAUGGACUUGAGCCCAUUGUUUUGCAGUUUUACCAAAGACUUGAACUGUUCUUUCUUUUUUGCUACAUUUCAUCAUUUGUUUUGUUUCAGUAAUAAACCUAAAUUGAUUUAAAACAGUAAUCACCUAGUACCUUAAAUAGAUAAUGUUCAUUAACAGCAAUUAAUGGCAUCUUUUUUCUAUCUUAAGUUAGCGAUAGUGAGUUGAUACAGAAAUGGUUAACAAUGCAUCCAUGGGUCACAUCCUUACACAAUGUGUAUUUGUAAAUUAGUUUUUGUGUUAAGUAUACAUUGACGUCUAUGGCAGGUUUGUGUGAUACUGGCUGUGAGGAUUCAGUGUCGGUAUAAAAGUCGUCUACAGUGAAGGAAUGUCAAAGGUCAAAUAUACACCUUUGUUUGACUACAUAAUCGCUUUGGACUUGGAUGGUUAUGCAUUAUAUGCUGUUAUGAUCGGCCUGCGGUGACUGUAAGGGGCUUUCUUUCUAUCUGACUCUUUGUUUUCUAUUUCUUGAAGCAGUGGUCCAAAUUAGUUUUUGUUUCUGUAAAAUGACGGGAGAGGUGGUGAUUGUGAGAAACGAUAAUGGCAGAUACAGACGUAAUUAAAAGUGAGUUGUUAUUCGUAAUUUGUUGUUGGUCUCUCAAGUGGUCUACUUUCCCCAAUUUCAAAAAAAAAAAAAAAAAAAGAUAUAAAAAAGUCACUUGAUAAGCACAGCUUUCAUUUCUUGAGAUUUGUUGAAUUGAGCUACAUUUUCAAGUACAUCGGUGCCUUUAAUGAUUACAUCAUUUUGAUCGGUAUGAAGAGAAUACGUCUCCGAGACAGUGGUUGCUCUCAGUAAGAUGGCAAAAUAUGACAUGCUUAAUUAGAAUUUAAAAUUCCAGUGCCUUAGAAUAUUUGUGUGGACCACAAUGCGAUCGCUAAAUGAGCCUCUAGAUUAAGGCCACUUGAGCUGAAAGGAAAAAGGCUGAUCUAAUGAGAUUUGCUUCACCAGUUCCAAAGGAGGACACAAAGGUUAGAAACGACUGCUGGUCAUCUGUCUCGGUCUGUAUUUGCCAUACAAUUAUACAAAAGAACAAAAAGAACAGCAAUACUUAACCAUCGAAUACACAAUUUUGAUCUCAAUAAGUCAUUUGGCACCAAAAACUCAAUUGUAAGGAAAAGCACCAAAUAGGGACUCUUGUAAAUGAACUGAACUAGAUGUGUCAUUGCGCUCUGCUUUGGAAUAGUUUCAUCUAUUUUGCAUUAUUGUUAGUUGUUGUGUUGUCUUUUUGUUUUUAAUAUUAUGAAAAUGGAGCCUGAAAAUUUAUGCAAUCUUGUACAUGUAUAUGAUGUAUGGAGCUUUUCAAAUUAAGUAAAAUACGAGCACAGCAGGUGUUGUCAAAAGUAAAUGAUCUGAAUGUGGAAGCAAUUGUUCCACACUCUUUAGAAAAUGUCAGUAGAAAUGUUAUUCUAACAUCGAAGCCCUGAAAUAUUGAAUGUAUUGUUCUAAAUUAGAUAUUAAAUUAACAGGUCACUGGAUAUUAUGGAGCUCAGUUAAUUCAUUAUGAUGUAGCAUCUAGUUGCGAAUUACUAUUCAAUAAAAUGUAUUAGUACUAAAACAAAUGCAAGUUUUCAAAUAUCUAUUUGUCAGCAUAAUGAGGAAAUUGAGUAAAGAAAUGUAUUUUUCUCAGUGUGAUGCAGAGAUUUAAUAGAUGAUGUGUUAAAUCUGAGGAAACUGCAUUUCAUGGCUUGAUUUACUUAAUGUCCGUGGGUUUAGACAUUAUUUAUAGAUUAAACAAUAUGUCCCUUACUUUGUGACGAGCUGUAUGGAUAUGUAGAAUUCUCUACUGAUAACUGUAGAAUGAUUCUGUUGGUAUAUCGAUAUGUUUUGUGUUGUAAACACAGAAAUAGGUGCAAGUCUUAGAAUACUAGAUUUUUCUUUUCUACAUUGAGCAUUGUGUACAGAAUAUCUUCUGUAAUGCAUUACUAGUUUGUUAACACUUGUUCAAUUGUUACACUACAGUUAUGCAAUGGUUUACAGAGUUCACAAAAUUAUUUUUAUCAUCUUGAGUAUUAAAAUAAUUUUUCAUCUGAAA